AUGGAGUUGAUGGAACUUGUCGACAACGAGCCGACGGCUCGACCCUUUCAGUGCGACUGGGCGGGGUGCAAAAAGUGUUUCAACCGGAAGUCCGACCUCCAAAGGCAUUACCGGAUACAUACGAAUGAGAGACCGUACUCCUGUAAAACAGAAGGAUGUGGUAAAAGCUUCAUACAACGGAGCGCCUUGACGGUCCAUAUCCGCACUCACACCGGCGAGAAACCUCAUCAAUGUCAACAUGCUGGAUGUGGCAAGCGUUUCUCAGAUUCUUCGAGUCUGGCUCGACAUCGACGCAUCCACACCGGCAAACGGCCUUAUAAGUGCGCUCACGAGGGUUGCCUCAAAAGUUUCUGCCGGAAAACAACGAUGGUCAAACAUCAGAGGCGUUCCCACCAGAGGGGUGUCCAUUCAGAGAUGGAAGAUUUCUCUUCUGAGUCGGACAGCGGCGAGUCUCCGUCUACUCCUAAGCAACCCGGCUUGUGGCCAACAGGCAACUUGACAAGCGGGCUUCCGAAUUUGCAAGACCACACCGUCCAGCGAGCAUCAUCCUUCGCCGACUUUGGUCAAGUAAACCAGUACGACAUGUCGCAACAGUACGGCCACCGGCACAGUAUCUCCGGUGGGGGCGUCCAAGAAUACCAUAGCGAAAUGGUCCGGUCGUUUCAACACCCCGGACUUCAAGGGCUUCAACAAACGGCCAGCAUGCCCCAGCAUCCUUACUUUGUGACAGACCAGAACAACCCUGGCAUCGCGACAAUGAACACGAAUCCGAUACCACAGUACCAGAUACCGAGGCAGCAACCUGAGCGGCUCCCAAUAGAAAUUCCGUACAAUGCGGCGGGGAAUAUGAUUAACUCAAUCCAGAGUAGCCCUGCCAGCUUCACGACUGUAAUUCCGGGCCACAGCCCAUCAGGUCAUGAUAGCUACUACACGCACCAGUCUCCGCAUGCGACGACGUAUUCGCUGAACACAACGCCUAUCAUGGAGCAACCCAUGGCGCAAUUCCCUCAGCAAGUCCAUCAGCAGGUCAAUCAACCGAUCCAUCCUUCCCAGCCGGUGCAACACCAGAUGCCUCAGAUGCCCCAGGUGCCUCAGAUGCCUCAGGUGCUUCAGAUGCCUCAGGUGCCUCAGAUGCCUCAGAUGCCUCAGGUGCCUCAGAUGCCUCAGAUGCCUCCCAUGCCUCCCAUGCAACAAGUUCAGCAAGUCCAGCAAGCCCAACAGGCUGAGCAAGCCCAACAGGCUCAGCAAGCCCAACAUGCUCAGCAAGCCCAACAUGUUCAACAGGCUCAACAGGCUCAACAAGCCGCCCGACAUGCUCAGCAAGUUCAGCAAGCUCAACAGGCUCAUCAGGUUCAAGAUCAAUACCAGCCAGCGCCAACGCAACAGGAAGAACAUUGGUAUAACACAAUACCUUACCAACAACCGGUUGAGAUUCCUACCAUCGGUCAAGUACCGUCUUUCGGGACUGCGCAAGAUUACCCGUGGCUCGUCAAGCCGGAUUUUGACGAGGACACGUCGACGCAGAUGCCGAGUUCAAGAAUAAAUGACUUGUGA